AUGCAGUUUCUCAACUUGCUCGCCCCCCUAAGUCUGCUCUCUAUGGCCUCUGCCUUGCCAUCCUACAAACGAGAGGGAGAUUGUAUCCCCUACGAUACUGCCGUCAAGCUGGUUGACGCGUUCGUUUCCACCCUGACUGCCUUCGAUGCCGACGUCGCAACCAACCUGCUUGCUCCUGGCUUUACUGAUACCUCGGACUCAAUCAACUUUCUGGCCGGUAUUCCUGUGGGGUCUGUCACCUUCCCAUCUCCAGCAGCGUACAUUGCCGGCCAAGGUUCACAGCCUCCCAUUGGAGUUGAUAUCCUCAACAUCGACGCUGUGACCAGUGAAGGCGUUAUUGUUUUCCGUUGGGUAGCUACCGUCGGACUCGACGUUGACACUGUGAAGGGCAUUUCGGUCCUAUAUGCCGUCAAGUCCGGUCCGGAUCCCGACACGGUCGGUCCCAGCGGCUACCAACUGGAGACGCUCUACAGUGAAUUCAACUCAGCCGCUUGGCUUUUGGAUAUCGGCGGGACAGCCGCCCCACCUGCCGCCCCUGGCCGUUUGUUCAAGGCAUAA